GUGAGCUUCACGUUGGAUAUCUUUCCCGCUUGCGGUUUGUUGACUGGGAGUGUAAGCUACUCAACACCCAGUUCCAUUUUGUGUUGAUGGUGUCGGCUGUUCUCCAGUGAAUAAUUAUUGUUUCUGUAUCCCUUAGAAGGAAGUUGCAAGAUGGAUAGCAAUAACAGACAGGCCAGGCAUGUAUUGGGUACCCUAAGUGCAACAGUAACCCGCGAAGUGAAUUGGAACAAGGAACUUCUGACCUUAUUUUUGAAUGAACUCCAAGAAGCCUUUGGGGUUCCAAUUCCCAAGCCAUAUAGGUUUCAUAUAAUUCACGCUGGUAGUAGUUACGAGAAUCUGGCAGUAGAUGCCAAAGCCGAUUUUGACGUCACGUUGUCUCUCGGGCAAGACUACGUUUCGGAAAAUUUCGAAAUAGAGCGAGGCCAUGGUGGAUAUUUCACCCUCGAAGUCAAGAGAGGUAGGCCUAGGAUGCACGUGAGUGGUAUUAACAAUAUGCUAAUCUCUAAAAACCUGCGGGGAGGUGUUUUUAGGGCCAUCGAACGUUACGUUGAUCUAGUGAGUAUACGUGGUACCAAUAUCACUUCCGAACCCCAGUUGUCUGCUGUCAAAGUCACGUUGAAAGAAUCCAUUGAACCCAGACGAACCAUUUAUAUCGAUCUAGUGCCCCAAAUUCCUGUUAGCACCUGGGAUCAGUGUCCUGAUCUCUUACCCUUGGAGAAGAUGCCACCAAGUCUUAGACAGUACAUUGAUAACACGAAUAGGAACAGAUCUCCUUGCAUGUUCUUCUCCCUUGGUAUUCCAAAGAAUAUCCCCCAGGAAAGAUUUUUAUUCAAUAUUUCCUUCUCCUUAUUAGAGAAGCAUUUCGUCUGUGGGGAGACAGACAUCCGUGACAUGGUUCGCCUCGUGAAGUACAUUGCCAAGAUACGCGAUUGGAAGGACCAGCACCACUUCAAGUCCUUCUAUGCCAAGAGAGUUGCCUUGAAGUAUUACAGGGAGCUCAAAGGAAAGGAACCCUGGGACGGGUAUCUGCUGUUGUUGGAGAAGUUGGAAUACGAGGUGAAUAAUCGGGUCAUCGACGGAUACUUUGUCAAAAACCAACCCCUCAGGGAGUGGGACGGACUCGAGACACGUAAUUUCAUACAAGAAAUCAAGACUGUCAGGGGAAUGACCAUCAACGAGUCUUUUAAAGAGAUAGAAUGAAGGAAGGGCGGAAUCCUGCAACCUCUCUUGAUGGCAAGAAACGUAAAAAGAUAGGUACAAAUGUGAACCGCGGGCGGCCGCCCAAAAGCCUUGGACGAAGCCAUUAUCGACGCUGGAAGACCCUAGUUUCUCCUUAAGACUAUUUGAUCUUUUUUUUUUUAACCCUUCGAGGGAAUUAUUAAAAAAUCUAAAUGAAAAUUAGAUUUCUUUUCAAGAUGUAUUCCAUUUUUAGAUGAGAUUUUUUUUAAUCACUGGCAUAAAAUGCUGACAUAUUUAUUAGUUAUAAUUAGCAGGUAGUUAAUGGGGUAACUUUGUUCGUAUUUCACAUUACCUCAUAUACGCUAUAUAUAUAUUUCCAACAGCCGGUUUUGGUCACUCCAUUAUUGUAUGUAGUGUAGUUCCUGAGA